UAACAAUGGCGGCUGGGGAGGGGAGGGAGAGGGGCGCAGUCAAGGAUGAGAUGGAUGCAGACUGGUCGUUUACAGAGAAACCAUGAGAGGCAAGCCAUGGUGGAAGGCCUGCAGGUCACAGUGCCUGACAAGAAGAAGGUGGCCAUGCUCUUCCAGCCCACGGUGCUUCGCUGCCACUUCUCCACGUCCUCCCAUCAGCCCGCAGUCGUGCAGUGGAAGUUCAAGUCCUACUGCCAGGACCGCAUGGGGGAGUCCCUGGGCAUGUCUUCUGCCCGGGCCCAGUCUCUCAGCAAAAGGAACCUAGAAUGGGACCCCUACUUGGACUGCUUAGACAGCAGGAGGACGGUUCGGGUGGUCGCCUCCAAACAGGGCUCCGCCGUCACCCUGGGCGAUUUCUACAGGGGCCGAGAGAUCACGAUUGUUCAUGAUGCCGAUCUUCAAAUUGGAAAACUCAUGUGGGGAGACAGCGGACUCUAUUACUGUGUUAUCACGACCCCCGACGACCUGGAGGGCAAGAACGAGGACUCGGUGGAGCUGCUGGUGUUGGGCAGGACAGGGCUGCUCGCUGAUCUCUUGCCCAGCUUUGCUGUGGAGAUUAUGCCAGAGUGGGUGUUUGUCGGCCUGGUGAUCCUGGGGGUUCUCCUCUUUUUCGUCCUGGUGGGGAUCUGCUGGUGCCAGUGCUGCCCGCACAGCUGCUGCUGCUAUAUCCGCUGCCCGUGCUGCCCGGACGUCUGCUGUUGCCCUCAGGCCUUGUAUGAAGCAGGGAAAGCAGCCAAGGCCGGGUACCCUCCCUCUGUCUCCGGUGUCCCUGGCCCCUACUCCAUCCCCUCUGUCCCCUUGGGAGGACCCCCGUCAUCUGGCAUGCUGACGGACAAGCUGCAUCCACCUCCCCUGGCACCAAGUGACUCCACUGGAGGAAGCCACAGUGUCCGCAAAGGCUACCGGAUCCAAGCUGACAAAGAGAGGGACUCCAUGAAGGUCCUAUACUAUGUGGAGAAGGAGCUGGCUCAGUUUGACCCAGCCAGAAGGAUGACAGGCAGAUAUAACAACACCAUCUCAGAACUCAGCUCCCUGCAUGAAGAGGACGGCAAUUUCCGCCAGUCUUACCAUCAGAUGCGAAGCAAGCAGCUCCCCGUGUCGGGGGACUUGGAGAGCAACACUGACUACUGGCCGGGUGUCAUGGGAGGCGGCAGCGGGGCGAGCCGGGGGCCCUCGGCCAUGGAGUAUAACAGAGAGGACCGGGAGAGCUUCAGGCACAGCCAGCAGCGCUCCAAGUCGGAGAAGCUGUCGCGCAAGAGCUUCGCGGCGGGCGUGCCGGCCGUGUCCAUGGACGAGCUGGCGGCCUUCGCCGACUCCUACGGCCCGCGGGCGCGCCGGGCGGACGGCAGCCUGGAGGCCCGCGCCGGGAGCCGCUUCGAGCGCGCGGAGCCGCGGGCGCGCGGGGGCCUCUUCGCCGACGGCCUGGACGACGCGCUGCCACCCUACAGCGAGCGCGAGCUGAGCCGCGGCCCGUCCCACCGCGGCCGCGACCCGGCCGUCCACGGCGCCGCCUCGGAGAAGAGGAGGAAGAAGGAGCCCGCCAAGAAGCCGAGUGACUUUCCAACCAGGAUGUCCCUUGUGGUCUGAUGUUUGUUUUAAGACAUCUGUCUGGAUCACUAGAAAUCAGAAGCAGACAAUGGGGACAAGGCACAAAUCUAAGAGCCAGCAGGCCCAGGACCUUCUCCGGCCACCUCCUUGGAAGGUUGACUGAUCUUUGCUUUGGCAAGAGAUGGGGGGCCGCCCGAGGGAGGCUGGCUCCAAACCUCAGUGCCCAUCUAACUCGUUUGAGAAACUUAUCAUGAAAAUGACUACAUGUGAGAACAUUCCCACACGUGGAGUCUCUUGCCCACAGAGUUCAUCCUGCCCAGUCUCCUUAGCUGAACCAGGAUUCUCCUUCCAAUUCUGAAAGGGAGUUAGCUCAGGACUGCUAAUCUCUAGAAAAUGCCUCUGCCUACAGUAAGUGUUUCUGUACCUCCUGUGCUCUGCUUAAAGAUGGAAGAAUUUAUUCCUACCAUUAGAAGAAGACCUUCUCCUGACAACAGAAGACAGCUUCAGGCGAAAUAUACCUUUUAUCCCCAUCACCUCCCAGAUACGAGUCAAUGAUUGUUGUUACACUAAAAUUGGAAGGCCUUUGGAGAGCUCAGUGACAGUGACCUGCUGGAUGGUCAUAGAAAUCACUCCAAUUUUCUGUUCUGAACGACAGUUCUUAAAUGGCUGGAACAAAACAAAAGAGAGGAUAUGUGUUUGACAAGCUGUGUGAGCGGUCCUCCUUUUUCUGUUUGGAGAAUGUAAAUGAUGUUUUGUCUUUCUGCCGCACACGGUGACAUCUGAGUCUUGGACAAUAAGGGCUCUCUCAUCCUCCCCUCUCCUGGACUUUCCACAGGUUGGUGCCACACACAGAACCCCGUCUUCCUCUGCCCUCUGAAUAGGUUGUCAUCAGGUGCCUUUCGAUAAAUGCUUAAAGCACACACAGGAAAGAGAGGAGGGAGAAAAAAAGAGGAGAAAGCAGCACUCAACAUGGAGAUGAGAAAGAAUUGCAGGGAACGGGUGUUCUCAUCAUAUUUGGAACGUGGGCCAUCUUCCCCACAAACUCCACCCAAUCUUCUCUGGUUUUGUACUUCAUUUACCAUGACUUGUUUCUGCCACCACAGCUCUGCCAGGUCCAUGACACUGUCCAUGUGAGCGUGCAUCUAUUGGCCUCACUGGGCUGCCACUCUAGAUGCUUUUGGGAGAUGAGGGAUAUUGCUCUUUCUGGAAGGAGAACUUCCUAUCCCCACACCCUUGCCUCACUGAGAGGUUUUGCCUAAAUCAAUGCUAGAUCUCUCUGGAUUUUGUAAUUUGUGUAGGUAACAAAACAUGGCCAUGAACCCUUCUCUUCUCAUCAAGUACAGUCUGUUUUUCCACCCCGUGAAUCUGGGAUUGGCCACGUGGUUUGAUUUGACCGGUGGCUCAGUAACAAAUGUGACACAAGCAGAGACUUGACAAAUUCUUGUGCAUGGGCUUGUCCUCUCUUGCUGCUCUUGGGAACCUUGCAGUCACCACCAGGUGAAGGAGCCUGGGCUGCCCUGUUGCAUGCUGAGAGCAAAGGGCCCCAUAACCCCUGUCACCACCUCAAACAGCAUGUCAACUCUCAGCUGACUGCAGACACCUAUGUGAGCCCGGCCAAGACCAACAGAAGAACUGCCUAGCUGAGCCAACCCAAAUUGUUGAUUCCCACUCAAGGCAUGAGAAAUUGGUGCAUUCUUCAAAUGUUCAUUUCUCUUCAAGGAAAACUGACUUUUCCUUCUCAUCCGACUGUUCAGCCCUGAGUCACUGGCUCCAUCCAACCUUAGGUAUCUCACGGUCUCCACUUUCUUUGACAGACUUUUAUCAAAGCUUGUCACCCCAUGCUAUCAUGGUGGGACACAUGUUUGGGUCAAAUCCCGGGAGGACAACGCUGCUUGGCCUCACCAUCCCCCACUCCCAGCAGUGGUCCACCCUCUACCUGUGGAUCUGUGGCCAACCUCUGAAGAAAGUUUCUGCUUCAGCAUCUCCUUGGUCUUCUCUUGAGCCAUCUGACCAGAGCCAGGCCCUAUUCUCAGAGUACCAUUCCACUGGCAUCCAUUUACUUCGUGGCAUUUCCAGAACAGUCCCACAUGUGCAGUGAGAUAGAGCAGUGGCUGGAGGAGGGUCAGUUGGAUGAGUUGAUGUCAUUGCUUGGAGGAGAACUGGCCUACUGAAGGACCUCACUCUGGCUUUGGCCUGUCCAAGAGGAACCAGGAGGACAGUUCAGCCCAGCGCUGGCACUUCCAAGGGCUGGAAGACACAAGCCAUAACCCUGGUGCCGAGUGUUAGACUUGCUGGUGUCCCUGGCUACUGGAAGUCUAGAUCCAGUUUGUCUGUUUGGGCCCUGGUUCAGAUGGAAAAGAUAAUGAAAACAUUUCUCAGUCACCAGCUUUGGAUUUCAACUUGCUCAGGCAAUUUUAGACUACUGGGUCACUGCAGUAGCAAUUAUCUCUUCAUACUGAGCCCUGUGUCAGACUUCUUACCACCAAAGAGCCCCAUAGCACCAGCGGCAAAGACCGAAAAUAUGGCUUUGAUUAGCCGGGGGCAUGUAUGAUUUUGGUGAAGGUGGAGGGAAACAAUGGGAAAGAAUUGUUAAAGUUGGAAACCUGCAAUUCCAAAGACAACAAAACUACAGACAAUAAAAGAUACAAAGAACAGAAUAGACUACUGAAAUAGCCUGGGGAUGGGACCAGGGUGUCCUCCUCAGGGCUGCGUGGAUCAGACUUCCAGGCCUCAGGCGAGAGAGAAAACAGUAGUUUUUGGGGACAUGGACAGGAGCUAACUCUGACCAGACAAGUGAAGGCACAGCCGGCCACCCUCAGCAACCACCGCAGCUUUUCUCAACGUCUCUUUGCUUCUUCUGCCCUGAGCAGUGGGUCCUCAUAGGAAGUGCUUGUACAUGUUAGCGUCCUUCCUAGGUUUCUUUGGGUACAAAACAGGUCUUGUGCAAGACAUGGUCUCUGUCCAUUGGGACCCUGCAAUUGAAUAGGGGAGAUAAGACACAUCCAAGGAAGAACUGGGGGGAUUUUAUGCAUAUAAUAUGAAAUAUUGCUAUGAAUGAAUUACAACAAACCCAGAGAAUUAAAGUCUUUUUUAAUUUA